UUUGCGCUGAUAUUAUAGACGCAAGGAGGCGGGUUAAGGAAACGCAAAGGAAAGUGAUCGGCGAGGUAUAAAUAGGAAGAAGGAGUUGUGGGAAAUAGGAUUAGCGGAAAGAGAGAGGAUCAUCUUCUUUCAUCCCCUGCGGAGAGAUGGCGGCUCACAGGCUGGUGCUGAUCCGGCAUGGCGAAAGCACUUGGAAUCAAGAGAACCGCUUCUGCGGCUGGUUCGACGCCGACCUGUCGGAGACGGGCGCGCAGGAGGCGGCGAGGGGUGCCCGGGCUCUGAGCGACGCCGGCUACCAGUUCGACAUCUGCUACACCUCGGUGCUGAAGCGGGCGAUCCGCACUCUGUGGGCGGUGCUGGACGGCAUCGACCAGAUGUGGCUCCCCGUGGUGAGGAGCUGGCGGCUCAACGAGAGGCAUUACGGCGGCCUCACCGGCCUGAACAAGGCGGAGACCGCCGCCAAGCACGGGGAGCAGCAAGUGAAGAUUUGGAGACGAUCCUUCGACGUCCCCCCUCCUCCAAUGGAAUCCGAUCAUGACUUCUAUUCCAUCAUUAGCAAGGACCGUCGGUAUAGUGACCUGUCAGAGGACCAGCUGCCCUCCUGUGAGAGCUUGAAGGAUACCAUUGCCCGUGCUCUGCCCUUCUGGGAGGAGGAGAUUGUACCGCAGAUCAAAGCGGGGAAGCGGGUACUCAUUGCAGCUCACGGCAACAGCCUGAGGGGAAUCGUCAAACAUCUGGAAGGCAUGUCCGAGGAAGCCAUCAUGGAGCUGAACCUCCCAACAGGGAUCCCCAUCGUGUAUGAGCUGGACAAGAACCUGACGCCAGUCAAGCCCAUGCAGUUCCUGGGAGACGAGGAGACCAUACAGGCCGCAAUGGCUGCCGUGGCAGCCCAGGGGAAAGCUAAGAAAUGAGGAAUGGUGCUGAGCGAGUGUGGAAGGAUCGCAAGAAUUCCAUAAUGUAGCUUCUCGAAAAAAUAUUUAUAUAGAUGGUUCUGGGAACCAUGGCAGCAUCUAGCUCCCAGUUGCAUUACCUACCUUACUCUGUGUUGACUGAGCCUACUCAAUGAGCCCUCUACAUCCCUUUCUGUAUUCUCUCUCUCCUUUUCACCUCUCUUUUCCAUCUUCUCCUUUGUCCAUUGUGACUUAUUGUGGAAUUACCUAUUAGCUUACAGAUUCACUGGAUCAAUCUUCAUGCCUGGCCAAUCAGUAGAACUGUUCCUGUGUUGGAAAUAUAUUUAAAGGAUGUAUUGAUAGUUCUUCUGAAUUUGGAGACCCACUUAUUCCAGUUGAAGGCACAGAUUAAUCAUCACCUUUCCCAUUUAUAGGAUAAUAGAUGGUUACAGAACAGGUUAAUAUUACAGAACAGUAUGACUAACUAGCUUCUUUCGGAAUCAGGUUUAAUGUCACUGACAUAUGAUGUGAAAUUUGUUUUUUGUGGUCGCAGUAUACUAAUACACACAUAUAUAUAUUUAUAUAAGUAGCACAAAAAGAAAGCAAGAAAAGUGAGGUAGUGCAUCUGGAUUUCAUUGUCCCUUCAGAAAUCUGAUGAUAGAAGGGAAGGAGCUGCUCCUGGGUUUCAUUGUCCUAAAAUACGAAUGUUGUUUCUUCAAGACUUUGCCUCUAAAUUGACAAUCUUGCGUUGAGCCUGUUCCAGUCAGGUUGAAAUAUCCGCAAUCUGACAUUUCGAUUCUUUAAGCUGAGUAUUCAGGGAAAGAAUAUUUUCCUCAAUAGUCUGUAAACUCUGUCGGAACGACUUCAACUCAGAAGUGUUACUAUCCAUUUCAUUAUCGAGAUCCAUCAACAUACAUUCCAAACGCUCAGCCCAGGCAGGCACGUCUUCUGAUUUUUCUUCGGAAGUUUUUCCCUUUCUGUUGCUGGGUUCAAAAGGCUGUUUUCCACUUCUUAAAGGAUACGACAUAAUAACCGCUAUUUCCCACCAAGAUCCAGAAAAUAAAAGUUGAAUAAUUCAAGGAUUAAACUGGGGAAAAGGAGGAAUUAAAGGCAGCCACAGGAUUUGUAUGUUACUCCGUUGAGCAGCAGGCUGAACUCCCCUGGGUUUCAUUGUCCAUUCAGAAAUCUGAUGGUAGAAGGGAAGGGGCUUCAGGGCUGCUCCACCUCCUCCUUGAGGGUAACAGUGAGAAGAGGGCACGUCCUGGGUAGUGGCACUGUUACUACAUGGACAAGACAGUAGAAUUAUAGACCAAGGGGUGAAAUGUUUAAGAGUUAUUCUGAAAGUUGGCAUUGGUGUGAAAGGAGGUAGUGUUUACAGAAAGGAUGAACAGAUCUCAAGCUGCACUGAAGUGAGUAUUUAAAUGUUAAUUGGCACGGUAAUGUUAACCACUGGGGCAUGGGGACACCUGGCUCGAUACCUUGACAAGACCAUCCAUCAAGGUCACCAAUGACCCCCGAGCUGUACCCGCCCUGACGGCGAGUCGCGUCACGGUAGUGUGACGCUGCGUUACAGGUCAGGGUGUUGGAGUUCCGCGUUCAGUUCCAAUGUCACCUGUAAGGAGUUUGUACAUUCCUCCCCGCGAACGCGGAGGUUCCCUCCAGGCGUUCCGGUUUCCUCCCACAUUCCAAAGACGCGCCGGCUGAUGGGUCACUGUAAAUUGUCCUGUGAUUGGGUUAGGGUUAAAUAAUUGGGUUGCUGGGCAGCACGGCUCAUUGGCCAGAGGGCCUGUUCCACACUGUAUCUCUGUAUAAAAUAAAUCAACCUAAAAGGGAAUUCAAGUGAGAUUAUUUUACCCAGUGAGCAGUCAGACUAUGGAACUCGCUAGCAUAAGGUAUGCUUAGAGGGAAAAUGAAAGAUGUCAGUCAUUUGAUGUAGUGGGAAAUGCUCUGAUGGAGUGGAAAGAGCUAGGAAGAGGUGUAAGGAAUCAGGACAGUGUAAUGAUAGUGAGGAGUAAGAGUCAAGUGAAAGAACGAUAAAUAUUGAUGUGGACAACCAAUUGCUUACUCAUUGGAGAAUCACACUUUCACUUAAACUAGUGUAUGCGAGAAACAUUAGUUGGGCUAUUUCAUGAAUUAAGUAGCAGAGUUGAAAAUGCAGUUCAACUCUCUCAUGGUAACUGGGAGGUGUAGUGUUAGUUUUUUAAGAUGUUGAAAAGCCAAUCACCAAUGGGAUAGCCACGGAGCAAAUGAAUUACAAGGGCAGUUAAAACCGUUGCUCUAAAGCAGUAUUGAAGGACUAUCCUUGGUCUUGUAAGUUCUAGAACCUAAACCCAUCAUCAGGCUUUGUAUCUGUAGCAAGGAGUUAGCAAAGUAACCCUCAAUCACAGCACUCUGGUAGGAAGUAUAAGCACCAGAUGUUUUGAGGAACGCUGGAAAUGCAGAGCAACACACACACAAAAUGCUGGAGGAGCUCAGCAGGUCAGGCAGCAUCUACAGAGAGGAAUGAACAUUGAAUGUGGCAGGCCAGUACCUUGCACGAAGGAUUGUGGCCCGAAAUAUCAACUGUUUGUUCCUCUCCAGAGGCACUGCCUGAUCUGCUGAAUUCCUCCAGCAUUUUGUGUGUGAUACUUUGGUAAGAAACCCUGCUCUAAAGGCAAAGCAGAAGCGGUUUCCUAGAAUUAGUUUCACAGAGUUGAAAUUGCUGUUCAUUUUAGUGUGUCUGUGUGCUUCCCCUCUCUCUGCUUCCAUCAUUAAGCAUACCUGAGUAUCGUUAUCGUUUCCCCUUCUCUCUCACACCCCCUACUAUCUCCCCCCAACCCUUUGCUGCAUGAGGGUGGUUGUGGAGCACUGCAAUAUGGGACCGAUGAUGUCCCAAACGCACGCUGGAGCCCAGCGUAUGUACACCUUUACAUUCCAAAACCUUCUGUAACACAAACUGGUGAAUAAAUGUGCCUCUGAGAACACUGUUAGCCUGUCCAUUAUUUUGA